ACGAUUCGCACCUGCAAGAUGGAUGAUUAUCUGAAAUUACAUUCGGAUAAAGCAAGGGAUGUGGCCACUUCAUCCAGUUUCCGUGCAUUUAAAAUUCAACAUUUCCACCUCGAUCUUACAGUGGAUUUCGAAAAGAAGAGUUUAACGGGAACUGAAACAAUCAAACUGCAGUGCAUUCAGGAGUCCCAACGCGAACUGAAGUUGGACAUUCAUCCCAGAUUGUCAGUGCAGGAGAUUUCCUAUCGUGGCAGCGACGACGACUCAGAAUGGAUCCAAGUUGAAUUUCACGUUCGAGACUUUACUAGUUACGGUACUACUCUAGUUGUGGUGUUCCCCACUGCUUGGAACAGCGAGGAGAAGUUUCAACUUGCCAUCAAGUACUCCGCUUUUGAUGGACCAGGGGUGUGCUGGCUGGAACCAGCGCAGACUGCAGAGAAGACCAAGCCCUUUGUCUUUACUCAAGGCCAAGCAGUACUCAACCGCUCUUUCUUCCCCUGUUUUGACACUCCAGCAGUUAAAAGCACCUACUCAGCUUCAGUGAAGGUACCUGAUGGCUUCACAGCAGUUAUGAGUGCUACUAAGUGGGACCACAGGAAGACAGACAACACUUUCCUGUUCACAAUGGAACAGCCCAUUCCCUCCUAUCUGGUGGCACUAGCUGUAGGGGAUUUGGUGUCUGCUGAAGUGGGGCCAAGAACUCGAGUAUGGACUGAACCAUGCUUACUGGAUGCAGCGAAGAAGGAAUUCGAUGGAGUGAUUGAGGAAUUUCUAUCUGUGGGAGAGAAGCUGUUUGGACCCUAUGUGUGGGGAAGGUAUGAUGUGCUGUUCAUGCCACCGUCUUUCCCAUUUGGGGGGAUGGAAAAACCCUGCCUGACUUUUGUCACUCCAUGCUUGCUGGCUGGAGACCGCUCUCUCGCCGAUGUCAUUGUGCAUGAGAUAUGUCACAGCUGGUUUGGCAAUUUGGUGACCAAUGCAAACUGGGGUGACUUCUGGCUGAAUGAGGGCUUCACUAUGUAUGCCCAACGUCGAGUCUGCAGAGAGAUUUAUGGGGAGGCCUAUACCUGUCUGGAAGCAGCAACAGGCAGAGCACUUCUGAGACAGCAUAUGGACAACACUGGAGAGGACCAUCCGCUGAACAAACUACGUGUUGAGAUCAAACCGGGUGUUGAUCCUGAUGAUACCUAUAAUGAGACACCUUAUGAGAAAGGUUUCUGCUUUGUGUCCUAUCUGGCCCACCUGGUAGGAGACCAGAGCCGCUUUGAUGCAUUCCUCAAGGCUUAUGUAGAAAAAUUCAAGUUCUGCAGCAUCAUGGCAGAGGAUGCUUUGGAGUUUUACCUAGAGCAUUUCCCAGAACUCAAGAAGAAGAACGUCCACAAGAUCGAGGGUCUGGAGUUUGAUCGCUGGCUCAACGUGCCUGGUUGGCCUCUCUUCCUCCCUGACCUCUCUGCUGGGGAAAACUUGAUGAAGCCUGCGGACCAUUUAGCAGACUUAUGGGGGAAAGACAGCUUGGACUUGGCAGCCAUCUGCAAAAUGGAUGUCUUGCCCUGGAAGACCUACCAAACUGUGUACUUCCUUGACAGGAUCCUUGAGAAGUCUCCAUUGCCUGGAGAAAAUAUGAAGAAGUUGGAAGAGCAGUACCCGCACAUUGUGAAGUCCAGUAACGCCGAGCUAAGAUUACGCUGGGCACAGAUUGUUGCGAAGAACCAGUACCAACCAGGAUUUGAACAUAUCACCAGUUUCCUCAGUAGCCAGGGGAAACAGAAAUACACUCUACCCAUCUAUCGGGCCCUGUGGAAUGGGUCAGAAGAGACAAGGGCUCUGGCCACAAAGAUUUUCUCUGCCACCUGUAAUCAGCUUCACAUAAAUGUCCGCAACUACGUGAAGAAAAUCAUGUGUUGACCAUAUGAAUUAAGCAAAUUUUCAGGUGUUGAAAGAGUUCCAAACUUUCGA